AGGAUUGAAUCCGAGCAAGGACAGCAGUACCUCAGGGACAUGACCUUCUGCCAGGCAUAUGCUUGGGAGAAUCGGCACUUCAUGAUUGAAGCUUUUGCAGAGGUGAUCAAGCGGCAAACCCGUCGUGAUGCCGUCUGGGAGAAGAUGGUGAACAUCCACCACAACUACUGCGAAUGCGAAGAUUGCAGGUAUUACAACACGAAGGAGGAGCAGUGGAUGGAAGAAAAAUUGUGGGUGACACAAAAAGGGGCGACCAGUGCCAAAGCUGGACAGAUGGGCAUCAUCCCCGGUAGCAUGGGCACCGGAUCAUACAUCGUUCGUGGAAAGGGAGACUCGGAGUCUUGGCAGUCUUGUUCUCAUGGAGCUGGUCGGUCUAUGUCAAGGGCAGCAGCUUUCAGGAAUAUCGAUCCGAAGAGCUUUGCUGGACACAUGCAAAAAAGAGGUAUUGUUUGGGAUGUGCAGUUUGCGGACAAAGUCAGAGAUGAGGCUCCAAUGGCCUACAAGGACCGGUUAAGCACCCCAGGACUUGCCAAUGCGACAAGCAACUUGGAAGCACCGAAGCACCCAAGCACCGAAGCACAGGACUUGAACACCGUCAUGGAGAACCAACAAAACUUGGUGGAGGUUGUUCACCAUUUGCAGCCGCUCAUCAAUAUGAAGGGCUGGUGAGAAAAGCAUCGGGCAAAUUGCCUUUGUGCUCGAUUGGGAAAAUCAUUCAACAGAAGCUGCUGUAGCUGUAGACUCACAGUAUGCAUUGUACAUAGUGAAGUAGGUGAAGUAGGAUUAUUCGAUAUUAUUCAGAUGGAGGUUUCCUGAAAUCGGGGUACCCCUAGU